UACGCCGCGGAGAACGUCAGGUUGUACUGACCAACAGAGAUCUUCGAGCCGACUGAUAGUGUAGGUUACUGUAAGCAGACUUGGAGCGCAGCAAAUCGACUGGGAUACAUUAUAUCAGACUGACUUCGUUACCUUCAUUUUAAAGGGAGCACACCGACAGAUUGGAUUAUUAUCGGUGGACAUCCGACUGUAUAGGCCAUGAUUGAUUCCUAGCAAUGCGAUUUAGUUAAGUUACUUUCUGUUGCCUUUGAGGUAGUCUUUAGCAUCCUCAAAAAGGACACCAUUUGUGGUAUUAACUUUCAUGAUUCCGACAGGAGACUCUUUACGCGUAGUCCGUUUGAAUUUACUGAAUUGAUUUAUUGAACUACGAACACUUUUGCCUCUCGAAGGAGCCAGGAGGGACGUCGUAUUGUCAAUUCUUUCCUAGCAUAUUAAACAAUAAAAACCAACCAUUGCAGGCUUUUUGUGCAAGUCUCCAGGGCGCGCUUUUGGAGCAAUGGGUUGCACAGUGAGUGCAGAAGAUAAAGCGGCCGCGGAGAGAUCAAAGAUGAUUGAUAAAAACCUCCGCGAGGACGGAGAGAAGGCAGCGAGGGAAGUGAAACUGCUCUUACUGGGGGCCGGAGAGUCGGGGAAGAGCACCAUUGUGAAGCAGAUGAAGAUCAUCCACGAGGACGGCUACUCAGAGGACGAGUGCAAGCAGUACAGAGCUGUGGUCUUCAGCAACACCAUCCAGUCCAUCAUGGCCAUCGCCAAAGCCAUGACCAACCUCAAGAUCGAGUACAGCGACCCUGCUCGGGCGGACGACGCGCGCCAGCUGUUCGCCCUGUCCGCGGCUGCUGAGGAGCAGGGCAUCCUGCCCGAGGAGCUGUCCAACGUCAUCCAGCGACUGUGGGCCGACAGCGGGGUGCAGGGCUGCUUCACGCGCUCCCGCGAGUACCAGCUGAACGACUCGGCCGCAUACUACCUGAACGACCUGGAGAGGAUAGCCAAAGCCGACUACAUCCCCUCUCAGCAGGACGUGCUGCGCACCCGAGUCAAGACCACCGGCAUCGUGGAGACCCACUUCACCUUUAAGGACCUGCACUUCAAGAUGUUCGACGUGGGCGGCCAGCGGUCCGAGAGGAAGAAGUGGAUCCACUGCUUCGAGGGAGUCACGGCCAUCAUCUUCUGCGUGGCGCUGAGUGCUUAUGACCUUGUGCUGGCGGAGGACGAGGAGAUGAACCGCAUGCACGAGAGCAUGAAGCUGUUUGACUCCAUCUGCAACAACAAGUGGUUCACCGAGACCUCCAUCAUCCUCUUCCUCAACAAGAAGGACCUGUUUGAGGAGAAGAUCACCCACAGCCCCCUGUCCAUCUGCUUCCCAGAGUACUCAGGAGCCGACAAGUACGACGAGGCGGCGAGCUACAUCCAGACCAAGUUCGAGGACCUCAACAAGAAGAAGGACACCAAGGAGAUCUACACCCACUUCACCUGCGCCACCGACACCAAGAACGUGCAGUUCGUCUUCGACGCCGUCACCGACGUCAUCAUCAAGAACAACCUGAAGGACUGCGGACUCUUCUAGAAGCCUGGUCAGUCGUAACCGGAUCAGGAAGCAGUUCUGGAGCCUGCCGGAGGACAACAAGGACACAUCAUGACCGACUGCACUGGCACUGGAGUCCUGCUUCUAUCAAGGACAUCUCAAGAAUGGACUGAGUGGGGGGGGGGGGGGGGGGGGGGGGGUAGUGUGUAUGUGGGGGGGAAACCAAACUGAAUCCCAUCACUGAAUCCCAACCCUUAUGUCCUGUCCCCCCAUGAUUGAUUUGAUCUUUGUGUGUAUUUUCUUCUUUUGUAUUAUAGAUAUUGAAUUGGCUAUGGCUAACAUUUCUAUGGAUCUCCCAACUCUGAAAUCAAUCUGAUCAUUCUUUUCCUCUUCCUUUAUUGUUUCAAGGUAUUAUCAAAUGUUAGAUAAACAUCUUUUCUAUUCAUGCAUUCACCUACUUUAACAGAUUAGUGUUGCAUCUUAGGAAAUAUUUCAUUGCAUAAAGCUUUUUUUUUAAGUGAAAAUACAAACAAAUAAGCAUGGAGAACAAAAAAUGGUUCGAGGGGAUUUUUAAUGAUGUUUACACAAAGCUGAUAUUCGUAGCUGUACUAUACCGCAUCUGUUCUGCAUGACUGUCCAGACAUUACCAUACAUGUGGGUCUGUAUUCCUCACAAUCACAGUAACAUUCCUUAAAUAAUGUCUUACGAGAAGAAAACAAGAAAUGUACUGUAUCACUUUGAACAUAAUAUCUUAAAGAUUUUUUUAAUUAUAUUUAAUAUAUGUAUGAUCCUAACAUUUCUUCUCUUUUGGCUUUAUUCCAAGUAUUUUACAGUAUGUUUGUGCCUUGAUAUCUGUUUACACCUGUUAUUUCAAAGUUUGCUUUGUCCAUAGUGUGAAUUAGGGCUAUUUUUACUCCAAUUCUGUUCACAUGACCUAUGAAGAGUUAAAUAGACCACACAGAUGAGACAGAAGUACAAGGUGAUUAAUCAUGAUAGUCUUUUGGUAUAUAUCACAUUACAUAAACAAUUGUUUAAUGUAAAUAAAGAUAAAUAACUUGAUCUCCAAAGGCUUCAGUUUAGUGUCUUUAGGAAGGUCAUUUUGCGGAUUUCAUGUCAUAUUGUUGAUAUUUUACUUUCACAUGUAAUAUCAUUUUUCAUAAGGGUCUGCAAAUGUUAAAACAGGAAAAGGAUUUAUUGUACAUAGACGAGUGGACAGUGGACAGUGUUUUAUUCAUCUGCUAUUCACACAUGGCAAAGACA